CCCACGCUUUAGCGGCGGCUGAGUGAACUGCAGGUGGGGCGCAAAAAAGAUGGCGCCCCGCGAUUGCAGUCAGCCAGCAGCGCGGGCGGACAUCGCUCCUCCCACACGCUCCGCAUCGAUCAUGGCCACCGCACCUGCCGCGGGCGCCGCUAGCAAUGGCACACACAAGUACAGGAGGGUGACGGCGCAGCCCGAGAACCCGUACGCGGGCCUGAUCCCCGAGCAGACGUUUGCCGUGAUCCCCGAGGUCGAGCUCGAGUCGGGCGUGGUGCUGCGCGACGUGGCGGUGGCAUACAAGACAUAUGGGCGGCUGUCGGCGGGCGCAGACAAUGCCAUGGUCAUCUGCCACGCGCUGACGGGCAGCGCAGACGUCGGCGACUGGUGGGGCCCGCUGCUGGGCGGGCCGGGCAAGGCCUUCGACACGUCGCGCUUCUUCGUCGUGUGCAUGAACAGCCUGGGCAGCCCGUACGGCAGCGCCAGCCCCGUGACGGCCCGCGACGGCGACGCGGCCAACGCGCGCUACGGGCCCGAGUUCCCGCUGACGACGGUGCGCGACGACGUCAACAUCUUCCGCCUGGUGCUCGACGACCUCGGCGUGCGCCAGAUUGCGGCCGUCGUCGGCGGCUCCAUGGGCGGCAUGCUGGUGCUCGAGUUCGCCUACUUUGGCAGCGACUACGUGCGCACCAUCGCGCCCAUCGCCACGUCGGCGCGCUACAGCGCCUGGGGCAUCAGCUGGGGCGAGGCCCAGCGCCAGAGCAUCUACAGCGACCCCAAGUACGACGACGGCUACUACGCCUUCGCCGACCCGCCGUCGACCGGCCUGGGUGCCGCGCGCAUGUCGGCCCUGCUGACCUACCGCAGCCGCGACUCGUUUGAGGCGCGCUUCGGCCGCAACACGCCCGACCUGUCGCGCCAGCAGAGCAUCAACACCGUGUCGCGCCCCCACACGCCCUCGAACGAGCACUGGGCCAUCCACAACCACGGCCACAAGAACGCUGGCUCGCCGCGCGCCGCCGCCUCGCGCUCCUCCAGCAGCGCCGCCCUGCCUGCCACCACCGCCACCACCGCCGACCUCGAGUUCCACGACGCCUCCAACCCGCCGACCCCGCCCCUGCGCCGCACCGACUCGACCGCGAGCGCAAAGCACAAGCCGCUGGCCCAGCACUACUUCUCCGCCCAGUCGUACCUGCGCUACCAGGGCGAGAAGUUCAUCAAGCGCUUCGACGCCAACUGCUACAUUGCCAUCACCCGCAAGCUUGACACCCACGACGUUUCGCGCCACCGCUACCCCGAUGGCGAAGACGAGCAGACCCUGGACCCGGUCUCGGCCCUGCACCACGCCCUCUCGCUGAUCGAGCAGCCGACACUCGUGCUCGGCAUCCAGUCCGAUGGUCUCUUCACCUACGCCGAGCAGCAAGAGCUUGCCGCCCACAUCCCCAACGCCUCUCUGAAGACCAUCGACUCUCCCGACGGCCACGACGCCUUCCUCCUGGAGUUCGACCAGGUCAAUCGCCACCUGUUGGGCUUCCUGAACCAAUAUCUUCCAGACAUCAUGAGCAGAACACCAGAUACAGACAUCGUUCCCAAUGACUCUGGCAUGGAGGCCACAAAGACCAGCACAUUUGGUGAAGCCGAGGUCGACGACAUCACCGCCUGGUAGUCUAGUUUUAUUUUUAUUUUUAAGCGCGGCGUUUUGGGUACAAAGAAUAAAUGCAUGGUCCGGCGUCAGUUUUCGGCAUACGCUUGAAAGAAAGCUGUACGAUAUGAUACGCUCUGAAGAGAAGAGCUGAGGUUCAACCCCUCAAUCAAUGGCAAAGUGGAGAUAGACGAUCAUGUACAAAAUACAAGGCGGUAACAAGUCAUCACUCUCCAUUCAAUCCAUGCUUCCCCUUUUGGCACUACAUCUCCACAUGCGAUUGCUCGGCUAAGAUUCA